UUUCCCUGAGAUAAAGACAGUUGAAAAGGUAAAGCAGAGCAGCAUGCAAAACAGAAUGUGUAAUCUAUCCAUUAUGUCCCCUUAGCAGGCAUGUUUCUAGCCAUUUCCAGGAAAUGCAGGCCUUCGGAAAUGCAGCACUUCAUCAGGUUUAGCAGCGACUUGGGAAGCCAUAUGCUGUCAUGUCGCGUGUUUCCUCCUUUCUCCUUCUUCCCUCAGCUUAGAUGGUUGAGCAUGGCAUCAUGUGGUGUGGAAUAGGCCUUUGGUUGGUUUGGUUCAGAAGUCCCAGCUGUGUUCCAUGCAAACUUCUUGUGCCACCCAGCUCCUGGGACAGGAGCCACAGGAGAAACAGAGAUGGCCAUGACUCUGCAUAAGGCUGCAUCAAGUUCAAGGACAAAGAAAUUCGCAUGGACAUUUAGAUACAUACAAAAUGUUGUGUGCUGGGAAAAAAUCUUACUUUGCUGCUGCUGUGUGCAUUAUGACUGUAACUUUAAUGCUUGCGGUUUCUUAUCUGAGAUUACAGAGACUUUCUCAUCAGCCAAAAGUAAUUCAAGAAAGUAGAAGAUGUAGAGGGAAAGUUGCCCUUAGCACAAUAACAGCAUUGGAAGGUAACAAAACUUUUAUUAUAUCCCCAUACUUUGAUGACAGAGAAAACAAAGUCACUCGUCUGAUUGGGAUUGUUCACCAUAAAGAUGUAAAACAACUGUACUGCUGGUUCUGCUGUCAGGCCAAUGGAAAGAUAUAUGUAUCAAAAGCAGAAAUAGAUGUUCACUCAGAUAGAUUUGGAUUCCCUUAUGGUGCAGCAGAUAUAAUCUGUUUGGAACCUAAAAAUUGUGAUCCAACACAUGUAUUAAUUCAUCAGUCUCCAUAUGGAAACAUUGACCAGCUGCCGAGGUUUGAAAUUAAAAAUCGCAAGCCUGAGACCUAUUCUGUUGACUUCACCGUGUGCAUUUCUGCCAUGUUUGGAAACUACAACAAUGUCUUGCAGUUUAUACAGAGUAUGGAAAUGUAUAAGAUUCUUGGCGUACAGAAAGUGGUGAUCUAUAAGAACAACUGCAGCCAUCUGAUGGAGAAAGUCUUGAAAUUUUAUAUAGAAGAAGGAACUGUUGAGGUAAUUCCCUGGCCAAUAGACUCACACCUCAGGGUUUCUUCUAAAUGGCGCUUCAUGGAAGAUGGGACACACAUUGGCUACUAUGGACAAAUCACAGCUCUAAAUGACUGUAUAUACCGCAACAUGGAAAGGACCAAGUUUGUGGUCCUUAAUGAUGCUGAUGAAAUAAUUCUUCCCCUUAAACACCCAGACUGGAAAACAAUGAUGAACAGUCUUCAGGAGCAAAACCCAGGGACUAGUGUUUUUCUUUUUGAGAACCAUAUCUUCCCAGAAACUGUAUCUUCUCCCAUGUUCAACAUUUCAUCUUGGAAUACUGUGCCAGGUGUUAACAUAUUGCAGCAUGUGUACAGAGAGCCUGACAGGAAACAUGUAAUCAAUCCCAGGAAAAUGAUAGUUGAUCCACGAAAGGUGAUUCAGACUUCAGUCCAUUCUGUCCUACGUGCUUAUGGGAAGAGCGUGAAUGUUCCCAUGGAUGUUGCCCUCAUUUAUCACUGUCGGGAGGCUCUUCAAGGAAACCUUCCCAGAGAAUCUCUCAUCAGGGAUACAACACUGUGGAGAUAUAACUCAUCAUUAAUCAUGAAUGUUAACAAGGUUCUAUCUCAAACCAUGCUGCAAACUCAAAAUUGAAACCUUGGUUAUAAGGAGUGAAAGUGGAGGGCUACCUGUAUUGUGGGAAGACAGAAGAUAUCAUUUAAAGAUCACAUUACAUUGAUUUCCACAUGAAGUUUACAUUUUUCUGCAAUUAUUUAGGGAAUCUAUAGCAAAGCCAUGAAUCAUGUAAUGAUACCAAGGGUCAAUGCAGAUUGCAGUAUCUGUUCUGGGAAAUGUACAAUUUGUUUUCAGGUAAUAAUAAAAAUCAGUAUUUUUCAAUUGAUUCAAAUAAUGCAAAACAGUUUUCAACCUAUGUUCAAAAUCUACAAAUACAAUCAUUAGUAUUAAAGGUA